AUGCACCCGACAACGAUUCUCCGAGAAAUCGAGCUUGAAAAUGAACCGGUAGCACUUUCGAUUAUGAAAUUUGCCGAGGAGACAUUAGUGACAAUUUCCGACAAUGGAACGUUCGGAGCUUUCCAUGAUAUAGACAUCGCAGAAAUGCGCCCUGGAAAAGAACCUCUAAUAACUAUCAAACCCUUCUUCGGAUACAGUGAUGAUUUCACCAAGGUUGUUUGUCGGAACUUGGCAACGAGUUUGCAAGUCAAGAACAAGUUGAUGAUCUCAAUUGGGCUCAAGCAAGAGAAAGUCAACAAGCAAAACUUGGAUCUUCUCAAACUUGAAUUGUCGGACAUGCUCUCUUAA